AUUGUAAUUGUGGUUUUCCAGUUUUCUUGUUUGACUUUAAAAUUUCGUAAAAGCAUGGACGGAACUUGAUUUUAAAAUAAUAAAAAUAUUUAAAAAAAUAUAAUUUAAGUUUUAUAUUUAUGUACUUGUCGUUCCCUGUGACAUAUUAUGGUAGCAAGAAAAAAUAUGACCUCACGAACAACUUUCAACGUUUGGCGGGAAAACUGGAAAAUUUUACAAUUCUUCAACGAGUCGUGGUAGUGCUUCCCUCUAAAAUUAUUAAUUUUCUCUUUCUGUAUUUUUUCUUAGUUUAGGCACUAUACAAUGCAUGUAACUGAUUUGCCACUUGAAAAAGCUCAAGAGCCAGACGAAGAAGCUUAUCAGCCAGUACAGGUAAUUUUUCUUUGUUCAUUCAAAAGUCACAAAAUGAAAAUCAGUAAGUAGGUUAUUAUAAAUUUGACAUACAUAAUACAUCAAUAAUACAUGUUAAAACAUGAAAGCUUACUAUUCGACGAUGUUUUCAUUUUUGCAGAAAACGCGAUGCCGCCUUCCCAAGAUCACACUAAAACAAGAAAACAUACAUUAACAUUUGCCGAAGGAACGCAGUCUACUGAAGUCUCGUCUUCGCAAAAUACUAAUUCGUAUCGAGAAGCGCUCAGCCAGCCUGGCUUCGAAUUGACACAUCGGCAGAAGCUACUUUGGCUUCAAAAACGGCGAGGAACCGGCUUAUGGGCACAAUGUGACGACUGCAACCAAUGGCGGCAUCUUCCACAUAUAGUCGACUCUCAUGAGCUGCCGACCAAAUGGUACUGCAGCAUGAAUCCAGAUAAAUCAGCCGCCGAUUGCUCGGUGCCCGAAGUGCCCAUUAAGAUACGCGACGAGGAGGAUCUGAUCCACAGCGAAUGGUCGGCGGGGUCAGUGGUGUGGGCGCGGCUCGCGGGCUGGCCCUGGUGGCCGGCCAUGGUUGACGACUGCCCCGACACUGAGCAGUUCUACUGGCUAGACGGCUUUUCUGAUAUACCCACACACUACAAUGUGGUAUUCUUUGAUGCAUUUGAAGCAACAAGAGCAUGGAUCUCUCCAGGAAACUUAAAAGCCUAUACAUCCAACGCAAAGCCCUUAAAAAAUGGAACCAAAAUCAGACGUUACAAAAAGCGAAUGGAAGUAGCUCUGAAACAAGCUGAGGAUGCCUACAUGUUACCGCUAGCUAAUCGCUUAAAUAAAUACAGUUUCAUAAACCGAUACAAAGGAACCAUAGGUAAACCAAAGAAAUUAAGCAAGGAUACUAUUAAAAAAUUCAAGAAGCAAAUAAGAAACGAUCUCCUAGUUGAUCUUGCGGAUGAAAGCGAUACAGAAUCUAUUGAAAGUUCCGAUUCCGAGACCAACACAAAAGUGCAAUCGCAUAAAAGAAAAAAUGUUAUUAUUGUUGGAUCUUCAAAGAAAACCAAAUCAGAUGAUUGCGAAAUACAAAAUGAAUCAAACAUACAUGUUGUUGGUAAAGACAUACCUCCUUUAGUCGAUUCUCAUAGUGGCAAUUGUGAAAUACAAACAUUUACAGAAGAAAACAACAAUGCAGACAUUGGCAGUAAUUACACAGACGCUAUUUUUAAGCAACCAAAUUCGAUGGCCGUUCAAUACAGCUCUACUCCUGCCUUUGAUACAAUGAAUAUUGAUAAUGACUCAUCUAAAACAUAUGUUCCUGGCAGCGAUACAGGAGCUGAAUCUGCAGAAAUUUCACAAACAAAGUCUCUUUUACAAGAUUUAGAAGUUCGCAUCACAUCACCAAGAAGUGACGAUUUUGAUUUUUAAUUUAAGCCUAGUAUCAAAAACUUAAUGCUUGAUAUAACUGUUAAGAUAUGAUUUAGCUAAGGUCUAAGAGAAAUGAAGAAAGAUAUUUUUUUCAUUUUUUUACUGUUUUCAAUAAAUUUCUUAAAAACUGA